GCUAAGGGGGGGAAGGGGGGGAAGUGGGGGCUGGCUUCCGGGCGAGGAGCCCCUUCUCACCCUCCACUCCCUUCUCGCUCUCAUCGCCACCAUGAUGCCUGUCUUCAAGAGCAGCCGGCGGGUCUUCGCUUUCGGGCCUUGGAAGCUGACGGCCGCCCGGACGCACAUUAUCAAGUCCUCCGAGUCCGAGAGGUUAGCUGAAGAACUACACAUGCCAUGUGUUCCAGAAAUGAUGUUUGGAGACAACGUCUUAAGGAUUCAACAUGAAUCUCUCUUCGGGAUAGAGUUCAAUGCAACUGAUGCUUUAAGAUGUGUAAACAACUCUCAAGGAAUGGUUAAAGUUGCCUGUGCAGAUGAAUGGCAAGAAAGCAGGUCUGAGCCUGAACAUACAAAGGAGGUUGUGAAGCCAUAUGAUUGGACCUAUACAACGGACUACAAAGGGACUCUUUUAGGUGAUGCAUUAAAACUAAAGGUUUCUCCCACAACAGAGCAUAUAGACACAGAAAAAUUAAAAGCCAGAGAACAGAUUAUGUUUUUUGAAGAAGUGUUAUUGUUUGAAGAUGAACUUCAUGAUCAUGGCGUUUCAAGCCUCAGUGUAAAAAUAAGAGCAAUGCCUUCAAGCUUCUUCGUACUAUUGAGGUUUUUCUUGCGAGUUGAUGGUGUUCUUAUCAGGAUGAAUGAUACAAGGGUUUAUCAUGAGGCCAGCAAAACCUACAUGUUGCGAGAAUAUACCUCCAGGGAAAGCAAAAUAUCAAGUUUAAAGCAUGUUCCUCCACCACUCUUCACGGAUCCUAAUGAGAUUGCUCAGUAUUUACCUAUCAAAGAGAGUAUUUCUGAGAAGCUGGAGUUUCCAGAAGAAGUGUGUCUUCAAUCUAAUACAGCAUCAGAAGGCACUUAAGUGGAAUUUACACAAUUAAUGGACUUGAAACAGACUUUUUUUGUGGGGACUACAUACCUUUUGGCCAUUACAAUUGAAGUUAUCACUACUUGCUGGAUACAGGUCCAUGUGGAUGUCUAAUAUUUUUCUAGCCUUGGUUGGGAGGAGUGGAGCCAAUUACAAAGUUCUACUUAAGUUUCCAUUGUCUCUAUUACUUGAGUCUAAUGACAAAUGGAUUGAGAAUUGGGGUAACUAGCAAAGAAUGACUUUUCCACUAAGCAUUUGUACUUGAAAUAUGCAGCAUUUCAAUAACUUUUGGAAGAUUUUGGAAAAAUAGGAUUUGUUUAAAUUUAAACACGUCUUGUGAAUUUUGUUUUAUCUUAGUCUUUUAUUGUAGAAGAACCCUAUUUCAUCUGAUGGAUGCUGAGCAUGCCUCCUCUCAAGCUCAAGUCUGCCCAACUUGUACAAGAGUCAUUUAUGCUUGAUAAGAUUACAAAUCUCUAACAUAUCCUGGAUGUUUUAUCAAUCCUGUGAAAUGCUUUUUGUUUUCUUUAAAAAGUUACAAUCUAAGGAAGAGAUGAAUAGUAAGCUUAGCCAAGAAUUGAUAGCACAGUGGGAUGCUAUUCUCCCAUUUGACAUUAUUCUAAAGCGGGAUAGUAACAAGGGGCUGCUCACUGAAAUCAUUUGCAUAGUAUUGACAGUAUCUGAGAAAAUUACCUCUUAAAAAGAGCAUCCGCUGAUUGUCAGAAUAGAGAAAUGUAUGUGAAAUAUAUGUAGAGGCAGUGACUGAACCUACUAAAUGUUAAUGGGUUACUGCAGGUUUGUAACACAUCUGGUUUUAAAUUAUUGAUAUUUUAACAAAAUUGCCACAGGCAUAUUUGUGUUCUGACAGCCUCAAUCAAUUUCCCUAGCUCUCCUGAUAAGUGCGGUUUUUCUGCAAGGUGAAAAACCUGUGUUUUAUUUAGUCUUCAUUUCUGACAUGAAGCAAAUCAUAGUGUGGCAGAAGAGGGGAGCUUUUUAAUUGAAUCUUUUUUCAGGUAAUCAUUCUUUUUAUCUUCCUCUUCCCAUCCUGAAGUGAGCAUGAAAAGGAUUUUGGGUUAUGGUAAUAUUACAAAAGCAGUAAAACAUAUAUUGCUUCAGUCUGUGAUGACAGUGAGCUCUCAGAAUGGGUAUCUUUCUUGUAAUCGCAUGUAUUUUUAAGCUGAUGUGACUUUUCUUAAGAAAGGGAAGAGUGAGCAACAAUAAUAGGGCUGCUUUUUCUGUCUUCCUUCAUUCUGUGCUUUAGUUUCCCAUGCUUUUAAAAGGGACACAUUUCACAGAGAAUUCUGAGAUACACUACAGCCUUAUGUACAUUUAUUUCCUUACUAUUUAGAAAUUUCCAUAAAACACCACUGGAGUAUGUUUGGAGCAAACAUACACAGGGCUGGCCUGCUAAGUGUUAAAGCAUGUUAAAGUUAUCACGAAAGGAACAAUGGCAAGAUAGUUACUACUCAACAGACCUUUAUAAGAAAGAGAGUGACUUGAUCAAUCAUUUGAAUUAUUUCACCUGAAAAUUGUUCCUCUAAAGAAUGAGUAUAUUUACUAAAUGAAGAGCUUAUGUUUUGACACCAGAGCUUUUUGAGGAAGAGCUUACCAAAAUUGACAUUGGCCAAGAGCUUGUAUAUUUUUACUGUAGCGUGAAGAUAUGCCAGUGUAGUUACACUGAAUCCCACAAUUGUUCUGUAUGUGCCAAGGCUUUGUUGUGCAAUAACUGAAUAGUUCCUCACCAAUAAAAGUUGAGAGGACUAUGUUGCACUUGUAGAAUGACUGUCUGUACCAAUAUUGCAUGCUGCCAGUCAGAAAGGGUUAACUGCAUGUGCAAACUCUUCUUAUGUUUGUGUACUGUUCUUAAAGAGUCCGGUCACUGUAUUAUUUUUUUUAGGAAUUAUUCAGUUGCUCAUAUACUGCAUCCAGUGUUGCCUGUGUUUUGUUAUUUAAUAAUUGCUGUUCAUAAGUCAAACCAGAUGAUAGUUCUUGACAUUAGAGGGGGAAAGACUAGGAUGCAAGAGCUGUUCAUUUCCAGGGUGUUGACUGAAAAAGAAAGACCCCAAAACUUAAUAACACACAACUCCUCUCAGUAUGAAGAAAUUGUAUUGUUUAGUGCUUUUUAAAUUUUUUUCAAAUAGUAAAAAAGUGACAAAA